GGCGGCGUUGAAUCCGAUGUAGAAUCAGUACGAAAUUCAUUAAUCCUAGUGAAUUCGACGAACGCAAACAACGUUGCCGUCUAAAAUAGCACAUCAAAACACCGUUAAACGAAGCUAGCUUGAAGGAAUAUGAAUGAUCCAAGAGUAUAGUUGCGGUCAACACUCUAAAACAAAAUGCGACUUAGGAUUAAAUUAAGUCGGAUUAAUGUGUCUUAUUUUCAAAGAAUAAGGCACAUUAGUGUGACUUAAUUUGAUCCUAAGUCGCAAUUUUUUUAAGAGUGAAGUGUCCAGAUGGACGAACCUUGAAAUACGACCUUGCAAGAUCGUAUAGGAUCUAAAAAGAUCUUAUUGUAAGAUUUCCCAAAUGUCUGCAUGAUUCUUGUACAGAUUUCACAAGAUAUUUCUUGCAACAAGCUUUCGUACGAUCUUGCAGGAUCUUAUGAUAGAAUCUUGUAUGAUCGAGCAAGAAGUGACAAGGUUUCAUAAGAUCACAUAAGAAUUCAUCAGAUCUUAUAAGAUUAUGUGCCUGAUCAUGUUCUACAAAUUUCCUCUCGACCUUCUUUGAAAAAUCUUUUUCUUUAUUCAUAAUGUUUUCUAGCAUACGGGUAUAGGCACUGACGCCCUUAGGGUCGUGUCUAACCACGUUCCUUUUAGCCAUACACUUUAUUUGCGCUCACCUGAUGUACAUUAUCAAAUUAUUUUAUGUUGAUGUUGCAGAUAAAGUAAGAUUUGAAACAUGAAUCCGAAGUGUAUGCACUAAGUGGAAUAAUUCAAUGUGAGAGAAGGCCUUGUAAAACUAAAACGGAACUAAGACGAGAUCUAAGUAAAUUGUCUACCUGUUUCCCAUUUUGUAAAGGAGAGAGCUCGAUUUUCCUUGAUUUUGGCCCAGUGCUUUUUCGACUUAACUUUUAUCAGAUUUUGUAGAGAAAACGAUUUUACACAUUUUUAAGUGCAUAUGAAUCCGAGCAAAAUCGUUAUGAAGCAUGGUCUACCUCAGAUAAAUCCAUAUUAGCACCUGCGACAUUCACUGGUUUAGCAACUACCAUCGAAAUUCCUGCUGCCAUCGCAUCAGUAUCAUAGCUACCUAUAGUCCAUCUGCAAGCUCUGACAUUAAUCACUCAACAAUUAAUCGUAUGAGGCGCUGGUGCAGCACUCUCUGCUUCAACCUCGUCAGCCAGAGCAAAAUGAAUGAUUUUCGAUCUCAUAGUUUUCAGAUUGUUUCAGAACAAGGUACGAACAUUACUCAAGUCAUUCAAUGAAUGUUGCCAUCUGACGAUGCAUGUUUAGUUAAAUGUAUAAAACUAUCUUUUGAUCUAAUACGAUGCUCAACCACGUUUAUUGAUUCAUUCGCGAAAGGAAAACAAUAUACGAUGGCAAAACAGAAAUUACAAAACGUCAGACACAAGAAACAAAGUUGAUUGAUCUUUGUGAUAUUCGAUAUGUGAAAUCCCAUUAUUCUGUUGUCGUUUUUGAGUAAUUGUAUCUAGCUAUUUUAUCUCUAUUAAAAUAUUUCAUUAAAGAAGAUAGCAGAGACAAUGUUUCUACACAUAACCGAGCCAUAGGCACAUUUGUGGAUGCCAAACUUUGAAACAUCAUUUAAGAGUCCGGAUAACAAAACAGAACUAAAAAAUAAUACACAAAUUUGUCCUUUAACUGAAAAAUUAUAAAUCAUAUAUUUCGGAUAUUGACCGUGCAUAUAGCCAGGCUGUUUUAAGUUAUUGUAAAGUUAAUAGACUAUGGAACAAAUAGCUACGAUGCAAUUCAUUUGAAUAUUUUGAACGGAGUUUUGAGAUAUUCAAGGGAUGUAUUAUUAUAUAACAUAUUAGUAGUGAAUGUUUUGCAAAAAGUGAUGAGAAAUGCAUCAUACAUGUAUAAACAUGUGCUACAUAUUUGAUGUAGUCAUGCAUAUAAUAUUCAAUUCGAAGUACAAUAUAAUUCGGAAAAUUAUCAAUUUUUCUUUACUUUAAAAUUCAUUAGUUUUACAGAGCACAAAAAAUUAGUAUCCUAUUUGCGCUGUGUACGUAAAGCGAACUUGAAACUGUUAUAAAUAAAUAAAAUUUUCUUAUCAGUGAUAAUAUUUAGCUUAUAACAUCAACUGAAGUUGGAAAAACAAUCCAUUUUUUGAUCCAAUGCAUGGUCAUCGUGGUAUUAUUCGAUAUCCACUAAUAUCCGAACGCGUAACUUUAGAAAAACUAAAUAUUUUCAGACAUAUAUUUAUAUAUAUAUCAAUAAGAACGCCUUCUAUAUCGAUAUGAAAGGAUUAAUUCUAUAAAAAAAACGUAAAAAUGCCACCAGACGAUGUGAAAUCAUUUUUCACUAGAAGAAAACGUAAGCGUAAACGUUUACCAUGAUGUUGAUUACUAACACAUUCGAAUGCAAAUUCUUCUCUAUAAUUUGUAAUAAUCUGAGAAAGUUUUGUUCCAAUAUCCAUAGCUGUGUCCCAACAUUAUACGAAUAGAUAUUCGUAUAUAUGUUUCAAACAUCAUUCUGAGAAAUUUCUGAUAAAAGAACUAAGCUAAUCCAAACUUUAAAACUGUCUACCGUUACCAUUUUAAGCAACGAUUUUAUCAUGAAAAAUGAUUAAAUUCAUAAUUAGAGUAGAAAUAACUCCAAUUUUGUAUCACAGUAUUUAUUCAAACCAUCAUAAUAUUAAUUUUUUCGUUUCUUUCUCUCGUUUUUGUUUGGGUAAAUAUGACACAGAAAUGGAUUAUCAUGUAGGCCUUUCAAAUGUCGUACAGUAGUUUUUUCUUUAUUUCACUCGGCACGCCAACGUGACACAUCUGUGUGGGGAUGAGCUCUAUUAUUAUCCAUUGUGAAUAAAAUAACAUGUAAAAUGGCCUUUCUUUCUUUCUAAAUGUGAACGGUAAAGUUUUGUUUUUUAUGCAUAAUUUUUUUCUUUUCUUCUGUUCAUAAUGAACAAACAUACUUGUGUACAUUCUUUUUUUUUUCAUCUUGCGUUUUUUCAUCUUUUUAAUAUAAUAAUAAAGUUAAAUGGAUCGUGGUCAACAUGGCAAUUAUCAACAAAUUAAUGUUAACUAAUGAGAGAAGAACAUGAGUAUUUGAUGAACAAUGUAUUUGAGAGAACAAAUUCUAUUAUAUAUUGAAAUAUUAUUAGUAACUGUUUGUAAUAAAACAAGAAGUUAUGUAGAUGGAAAAUGUGAGUCUAGUAUAUAACUUAGCUAUAAGAAAAUUAUUUCAAUAGAUUGAGUAUUUUUUAUUUCUUUUAAGAUUUUGAAUAUCAACUACCCAAUCGCACUGUUACCGUUUGUCCCACAUAUUCCCUAGUCUCAUUAGAAUGUCCACAAGUAACUGCCAACACAUUUGUUAUUGAUCAACAACAAACUCUCAUUUCUCGUCGUCUUCUUAAACGUCGUCAAUUGUGGAAACGUUUACCUGUCUAUAUCAUCUCCAUCGAUUAUGUUCGUUCCUUUCCAUCUAAAAUUGGUCUCGAUCAUACAUGUCAACCAGAUUUUACUGAUCCAUGCUAUGAUUAUGCUGGAAACUCGUUACCGUAUUUGACGACACUUUGUUCUGGAAAAACACAUUGUUCCGAUAUUCAAACAUAUCAAAUUCGUGAUCGUAGUCUUUGUCAAUUUAAAGCUGUAACAGAAAUUGGUUAUCAUUGUUUACCAACAUGGUAUAAUUCAGAUAUACAAACAAAAUGUGAUAUUUGUAAAAAUGGCUCAUUAACAAAUGACUAUGGUUUUAUUUACUCUCGAAAUUAUCCACAGAAUACGGUACGUACUGUCUGUUAUACAACCAUCUAUGCACGACCCGAUCAUAAAACAAUUCUUUAUUAUGUUAAUGGUGAGUUGAAUUAUGAUAGCCUAAUGAUUGAGAGUAUUUCAUCGGAUGGCACUACGAUUUUAAAUAUUACAUUGAAUGGAAAUAUAUCAACAAGUUUACUAGCAGCGAGUACCCAUGAAAUGAAAAUAACAUUUGUUCCAAAUACAUUUAUUUAUGCACAACAGCCAACAUAUUAUCUUCUCUAUUUUUAUACGAUACCAAUCUGUUUCUAUGAGUCAUGUAUCUUACCAACACUUCCAUUAACAUCUACUCCGAUUACUACUACAACAACGGUACCAAGAAUUCAAUCAGUUGGUUGGACAAAUAUACCAAGUAUAUGGAUAAUUAUUCCAAUUAUUCUUGGUUAUAUUUUAAUACUUUUACUAGCCAUAUUAAUUGCAUUGUGUUUACAACGUCGUCGCCGUCGUCGUCAGCGACUUCAGAAACCCAUUACUCGUUAUUUUGAUAACAGUGGUGUAUCGAGUCGUGCUCAACUAGUAACACCCAUUCCAGUUACUCGACAUCCCAGCAAUGCAACAUUACAUCGUUCUGGUGCUAAUAGUAGUAGUGUUGGUGGACUGGGAAUGGGUAUAGAUGAUAGUUCUCGUACAUCGGUUGCUCGUAGCAUGAACAAAUAUCGAAGAGAAAGUAGAAGUGAUUUUAAUUUACACGAUAGUCAAGCAGCAGGUGUUCGAAAUGAAUAUUUUUAUACGGAACAUUGUCCUCGUCGGCAUCCAAAUCAAUAUCGCACAAUGCACGAUUUUCGUUCAAAUGAACAAUAUCAUCGAUCUUUAGCUAAAUCAUUUUCCGAUUGUGAAUUAUGUAAACGUCUAGUAGUGGAAGAAGAACAACGGCAUCGACGUUUCGAUAAUUCGCCAAGAAUGGAACGUGUUGAAUUACCAAACUUAUUCAAUCGAGACGAACGGCACCGUCGUACUGGUAAUGAUACAGUACGCUGUAAACGACGCAAAUUUGAUGAUUGGGACUUAAAUUCAUCGCCAGUACAACAUGAUUUUGUUCGGUCAGAAUCAUCAUCGCCACCACCGCGUCGCACGUAUCGUGAAAAAAUAAAAGAACGAUUUCGUGAGCGAUUAACAUAUCGUAAACAUUUGGGUAAUGAAAUUGGAGACUCGCCAAUUGAAACCAAUCGAAAUCUAGUACAUGAUGGAACAACAGAUAAUAAACAAAUCUAUCAUCAUUCUUCAUCUUCCCAUCAUCGAAAAUCGAUGCAUCGUGCUACACGUUCUUCUACAGCCGAUCUGAAUGAUCGUCAAAAUGUUGAAUAUUCAACCGUUUUACCACGAAAUAUUCGACAACGAACUCAUAGUGAGUCAAAUUUAGAUCCAUCAUUUACCACCGACAUUGAUAAUCAUGUUCGUCAUUUGCCUGUUGAAUAUGUCCCAUUGGAUGAGCCAAAAAAUACACGUACUGUUCAAUAUAGACGAAAUUCAAGUUUAGAACGAUUAACAAUUGGUGACGAUUGUGGAAGAAGUAAUCAUAAUAAUCGUGUAAUGCAAAGUGAUGAUAAUGGAACAACAAAUUUCACUGUAAAAUUCUAUGAUCAUCAUAAUAAUAGAGAUGAACGAGAAAUACAGGAAAUGUCAAUGAAGGUGAAUGAACAUUCAAGAGAAAGAGGGCGUUUCAAAGAGAGACAUGUAAUAGAUAGUUAA